CACAAAAUUAUUUUUAUUUAUCUUGCACAACUUGAUUUCACUUCGCAUUUUCUGUAUUAAUUGACGAUAAUUAAACAUGGAUAAAACUACAAACAACAAAUUAACAUGUUCAAUGUACAAGCAAUUCCUCGAAGAACAAUAUGGAUUGCCCAUAAACAGCUACUACAUCCUUAUGAACGGAAAAAUAGUCGAUUCAAAUUAUAUUCUCAAUGAUAGCAACUUAAAAUGUCUUCAAAUUAUCCCGAGGAUUUUGGGGGGAAAAGGUGGUUUCGGGUCUAUGCUGAGAGCCAUCGGGGCCCAGAUAGAAAAGACUACGAAUCGUGAAGCUUGCAGAGAUUUAAGUGGCAGACGUUUGAGAGAUAUUAACGAGGAACAAAGGUUGAAGAAAUGGAUUAAUCAACAGGCUGAAAGGGAGAAAGAAGCCAAAGAAAGGAAAAAGAAGAAGCUGGAAAAGUUGUGCGAACCUCCUAAGCACGAAUUCAAAGAUUCAGAAUAUGAUAAAGAAAGAUCGGCACUUCCUGAAUUAGUAGAAGAUGCUGUAGUUCAAGGUAUGCAAGCCUCUAGCAGCAAAUCAGUGGUGAAAAGAAAACACGAAGAAACUGAAACCAACAAGAAGAAGAAGAGAAAGUUUUGGGUCGAUGAUGAAAUGGAUGACAUCAGUUCUGGAGAAAGCGAUGACGGUGAUGAUGAUAAUGAAGUUAGCAGUUCCAGUGAGAAGAAUACAGAGCAAAAAUCUGUACAAGGUUCGUCGAAAACUGAAGUCUCACCAGAUACAACUUCUUCGGAUGAUGAUAAAACAAAUUCACCUAACAAUAAUUGAUUUUAAUUUUUAAGUAUUAUUUUUAUAUUUCAAUAUGAACUUAAUGUAGAUAAAAAAACUUAAGAAUACAAAUUUAAGCACUAUUCAUCGUUUUCUGCUUCUCCUGUAUCCACGUUCAUCUGUUCAUCUGUGUCAUCUCUUCUAGGCUGAUCUUCAGUCUCGUCCAUCUUUUCAACUUCCUCAGUUUCUACUUGCUGUUUCUGAUUCGACGGGGUUUCAACAGGUUGAUUGUCAAUGGGCUCUUCUUCAAUAGGAACUGGCAAUUGCUUUCCUGUAUCUUCAUCUUCACUAUCCGUAUCCCUAUCUUCUCCCGGGUGAGCUGAAACGAAUCCCUCAUGAUCCUGUACUGGAACGUCGCCUGGCU